CGUGUCCGCUCGGCCCCCACCCACUCUCUCUUCGUUCCCAUUCCUUGCACCACUAGUUCUUUUCUCCUCUCUUGCGAUCUUUUUAGCUCCAACAACUCUCCCUUUGACACCAUAAGAUCAAGGAGAUGAGAAAGAGAACAAGGAGAGAGGAGGAGGAGGAGCCCUUCUCAUUUACCAAAGGAGACAGCAUGCUUCACACGAGCUGCAUGGAGAACCCCGAGGAGAAAACUCGAGUAUCAGAUUCCCAUGAGGACCCGCUUCCACCCUCUGAGAGCCUUCAAGUGAAGAAUUCGGAGGAACUCGUUGCCCCCGAUAUAUCUUCGAAGAAUGGUGUUAAAGGAAAGAUAGAGUGCUACAAUAAUCCUGAGAGCUCGCAGUCGGAGAUCCCGACGGAGGCGAGCUCUAAGGGACCUUCGGUUGAAGACUGCGGGCGAGAGAAGCUCAAGAGGCACAGGAUGGAGAUGGCAGGCCGGGUUUGGAUACCGGAGAAAUGGGGGCAGGAGAGCUUGCUGAAGGAUUGGGCAGACUGUGCAGCCUUUGAUAGAUCUCUCGUCCCCAAGGGAUUGACGUUGGCUCGAGAGGCUUUGAUGGACGAACGCCGACGGGUGAAUUCCGGCCAGCUGCGGAUAGAGAACCAAUGCUGAAUAUGUUAGUCUUGAAGGUCAUCUUGUGGGCUGGCUCUCAUUAAUUUGCUUUCCUUUUAAUUUGUUAUCAUGAGAUUAUUUCUUCCUUUUGUUAAUAUAAACAAAGACACAAGGUCAAUAUGAAGAGAUAACCUGCCUAUCUCCAUCUUGUUUGAUAAAGCCGCAUGUGUUAAUCUUGUCGAUCACAGUUUAUGCAUAGAUGAGCUGCAAGUUCUCUACAUUCUAUUCAUAAUUAACCAGGCAUGCAUGCUUUUUGGUCUGA